AUGAUCGCGGGGUCGAGGGCGUUCCAGAUCCCCGGGCGCGCUGCGGCGACGGGCGGUCGCAGCGCCGGUGUCCCGCGUCGCGUAUUCCGAGGGGUGGGCGGCGAGGCGGUCCGCGGGCGCAGCACGGGCGCGAGGCGCGGCGCGGGGUCGCCGGCCGGCACGCGGCACACAACGUGCGCGGUGCACGCGAGCCCGUCGGCUCCCGCGAGCGCCAGCGAGUCGAUGCCGUUCGACAGCGAGGGCGGCCUCCUCCCCGAGGUCGACAAGAAGGACCACCUCACGUUGGUCGUGCUCGGCGCGUCGGGCGACCUAGCAAAGAAGAAGAUUUUCCCCGCGCUGUUCGCCCUGUACGUCGAGGGGGUCCUGCCCAAGCACUUUGACAUUGUCGGGUACGCGCGGAGCGACCUCUCGCGCGAGGCCUUCAUCGAGCGCAUCUCCGGCCGCCUGCCCUGCCGCGGGGACGAGAAGGGCCUCAAGUGCCGCGACCGCAUCGCGGAGUUCCUCGACCAUGUCACGUAUGUUCCGGGCAACUACGACAGCAUCGAGGACUUCCAGAACCUCGACGCGAGCCUCCAGGAGCUGGAGAAGGGCCACACCCGCGCGAACCGCCUGUUCUACUUCUCGCUGCCGCCGUCCGUCUUCCUCGACGCGUGCAAGUGCACCGCGCGCGGCGCGUCGUCCAGCACGGGGUGGACGCGCGUCAUCGUGGAGAAGCCCUUUGGGCGGGACCUCAAGUCGGCCCAGGAGCUCAACCGCGGGAUGAAGGAGCACCUGGACGAGGAGCAGAUCUACCGCAUCGACCACUACCUCGGCAAGGAGCUCGUGGAGAACCUCACGGUGCUGCGAUUCAGCAACCUGGUGUUUGAGCCUCUGUGGAGUCGCGACUUCAUCCGCAACGUGCAGAUCACGUUCACGGAGGACUUCGGCACGGACGGACGCGGAGGGUACUACGACCAGUACGGGGUCAUCCGGGAUAUCAUCCAGAACCACCUGCUGCAGGUGCUCGCGCUGUUCGCGAUGGAGCCGCCGGUGUCGCUGCAGGCCGAGGACGUCCGCAACGAGAAGGUGAAGACCGUGAAGUCGAUUGCGGAAAUCAACAUGGACGACGUCGUGGUGGGGCAGUACCGCGGGACGGCGUCCGCGGAGGGCAAGGAGAAGGGGUACUUGGACGACCCGACGGUGCCCGCGGGGUCGCUCACGCCGACGUUCGCGGCGAUGUGUCUGUUCAUCAACAACGCGCGGUGGGACGGGGUGCCGUUUUUGAUCAAGGCGGGCAAGGCGCUGAACCAGCGGCGCGGGGAGAUCCGGAUCCAGUUCCGCCACGUCCCGGGCAACCUGUACCGCGACAUCUACCCCGAAACGGCGCGGAACAACACCAACGAGUUGGUGAUUGAGAUUCAGCCCGAGGAGGCUAUCUACAUGAAGCUCAACAACAAGAUCCCGGGGCUCGGCCUGCGCCUCGGAACGACGCGGCUCAACCUGCAGUACCGCGCCGGCCCGGACGUGGCCACCCCGGACGCGUACGAGCGCAUGAUUCUGGACGCCAUCAACGGCGACAAACGCCUCUUCAUCCGCGACGACGAGCUCGAGGCCGCGUGGAAGCUCUUCGACCCGAUGCUGCAGCAGCUCGAGCAGCGCCGGGUCGUCCCGGAGCCGUACCCGUACGGGUCGCGUGGACCGAUCGGCAGCCACUACCUCGCGGCCAAGUACGGCGCGCGCUGGGGCGACCACGACGCGUAG